AUGGACAGAAGUGGCCACUUCAAGGCCGACUGUCCUGUUAUGGCGUCCGACCGGAACCCGAACUGCGAAGGUGGGCCAUUGUUCCGGACCGACACCAAAACGGCCCCCGGGGCGAAAAAGGCCAAGAACGCCGCAAUUAACACGAUGACGGCGGUCGUGACCGACGGCAAGAAGCGCCUCUUUGGAGAAGGCAAGACGGCACUCGAGAGGGCCCUGGAGGACCAAAUUAUGGACGACCUCAGAAGUCUGGAUCCGGCCAAUCAGGACAACAGCAAGUCGGCUGAGUCACCGUUGCCGCCAAAUAUGGACGAAGUUGAAGAGAUA